AUGUUCACUGUGGAUAUGGUCGACACUCUGUUCAAGUACAGCAAGUUCAUGUAUGAGUGUGGUAACUACACCGUCGCUUCGGUAUGCCUCUACUACUACCGCAACCUCGUCAAUCAAGCUGACCCAAACUACUUGAAUGCUCUCUACGGAAAGUUGGCGAGUGAAAUCUUGCUCCAAGAGUGGGAACACGCUCGUGACGAUCUUCUCAAGCUUCGUGCCUAUAUCGAUGCCAAUCCUUUCGAUACUGAAUGGGAACUUGUUACCCAGCGCGCUUGGCUCAUGCACUGGGCUCUUUUCGUGUAUUACAACUACCCAAAAGGACGUGAUGAGAUUAUCGAGAUGUUCCUCAAUCAGCAACCAUAUCUCAAUGCUAUUCAGGUUCUUGCUCCUCAUUUGCUCCGUUACCUCGCUGUGGCAGUGGUAACAAGCAAAAGCCGUCAGAAGAACAGCCUUAAAGACUUAGUGAAAGUCAUCGACAUCGAAAGACACAGCUACAAAGAUCCAGUCACCGAUUUUCUUACAUGUCUUUAUAUCAAAUAUGAUUUCGACGAGGCUCAAGAAAUGCUGCAGAAGUGCGAAGAAGUUCUCUCCAACGACUUCUUCCUGACCGCUGUCCUCGGAGAUUUCCGCGAGUCCGCUCGUCUUCUUAUCUUCGAAAUGUUUUGCCGCAUUCACCAAUGUAUUACAAUCGAAAUGCUCGCUCGUCGUUUGAACAUGAGUCAAGAAGAAGCCGAACGCUGGAUUGUAGAUCUCAUCCGUACCUAUCGUAUCGAAGGAGCGAAGAUUGAUAGCAAACUAGGACAAGUCGUCAUGGGAGUGAAAUCGGUCAGUAUUCACGAACAAGUGAUGGAGAACACAAAGAGACUGACUCUUCGCGCUCAACAGAUUGCUCUCCAGUUGGAGAAAGGCCGACAGGAUAAAGUGAAGGCAAAUUAG